AUGUCGGAGCAAAAUAAGGCUCUGGGAGACCCCAGCUUUGCAGCGGAGACCUCCCCGGCUAGUCCGGGGGUCCCGAUGGAGGCUCCGCUGCCUGCAGCACCCCUCGCAGAUGCACCGAGCCAUCAUGUUAGCACAAUGGAUGCGGGGCAGCCUCUCCAGCAGCCCCAGGCCCUGAGCGAUGAGGGGGACGCCAAGGCCCUGCAGCAGCCUGCAGAAGAAGACCAGGCUGUGUGCACGGUCCAGGCCCAGCCGGGCUUGGCGCCCCCAGCUCCCGCGCAGCUGGUGCAGAAGGCUCACGAGCUCAUGUGGUACGUUCUGGUCAAGGACCAGAAGAAGAUGGUCAUCUGGUUCCCAGACAUGGUGAGGGAUGUCAUCGGUAGCUACAAGAAGUGGUGCAGAAGCAUCCUCCGGCGCACCAGCCUCAUCCUCACCCGAGUGUUCGGCUUGCACCUGAGGCUGAUCAACCUACACACGAUGGAGUUUUCGCUGGUCAAAGCCCUGCAGCAGGAGGAGCUGGACCGGGUGGCGCUGAACAACCGCAUGCCCAUGACCGGUCUGCUGAUGAUGAUCCUCAGCCUCAUCUACGUCAAGGGCCGCGGUGCCAGAGAGAGCGCCGUCUGGAAUGUGCUGCGCAUCCUCGGGCUGCAGCCGUGGAAGAAGCACCCCACCUUUGGAGAAGUGAGGAGACUCAUCACUGAGGGGUUUGUUCAGCAGAAGUAUCUGAAGUACCAGCGUGUACCCCACGUCGAGCCACCUGAGUAUGAGUUCUUCUGGGGCUCCAGAGCUCGCCACGAAAUCACCAAGAUGCAAAUCAUGGAGUUCCUGGCCAGGGUCUUUAAGAAAGACCCCCAGGCCUGGCCGUCCCGGUACCGAGAAGCUCUCGAAGAGGCCACCGCCCUGCGCGAGGCUGAACUCACUGCCCACUCGGCCCGCAGCAGCAUUUCCGAGGACUAG